AUGGGUUCUCCCCCUCCGCAUGUGCUGCAUGGUGCAUUAUCGGUGCCAUCUUUAGCCUUAGACCCUCAUUUGUUUGGUUUGCAGGCAGUGAAGAAAGGAGAUACCAUUUUUAUUGGCCAGUACCUGUUCACAGGAAGUGAAACUACUUCUGUUUGGCUGGAGGUAUCUGAGGUGAAGGGUGAAGAUGUGGUCUGUAUGAUAAAAAACACUGCUACUCUCACUGGUUCCUUGUUCACUUUGCAUGUUUCUCAAAUCCAUAUUGAUCUGCCUACCCUGACAGAAAAGGAUAAAGAAGUUAUAAGUACAUGGGGUGUUCGCAACCAUAUAGAUUUCCUCUCCUUGUCAUACACCCGGCAUGCAGAAGAUGUUCGUCAUGCCCGUGAGUUGCUUUCCAAAUCGGGUGAUCUUCAUCAGACACAGAUUUUUGCAAAGAUUGAAAACGUGGAGGGCCUAACGCAUUUUGAUGAGAUUCUACAAGAAGCAGAUGGCAUUAUUCUCUCUCGUGGGAAUCUGGGCAUAGAUCUUCCUCCUGAGAAGGUGUUUUUAUUUCAAAAGGCUGCUGUUUACAAGUGCAACAUGGCUGGAAAGCCUGCAGUGGUUACUCGUGUUGUGGACAGUAUGACUGACAAUCUGAGACCUACUCGUGCUGAGGCAACUGAUGUUGCCAAUGCUGUAUUAGAUGGGAGUGAUGGAAUUCUUUUAGGUGCAGAGACUCUAAGAGGAUUGUACCCUGUUGAGACCAUUUCCACUGUUGGUAAAAUUUGUGCCGAGGCGGAGAAGGUUUACAAUCAAGAUUUGUAUUUCAAGAAGACUGUCAAGUAUGUUGGAGAACCAAUGACCCACUUGGAAUCAAUUGCUUCCUCUGCGGUUCGUGCAGCAAUUAAGGUGAAGGCCUCUGUAAUUAUUUGCUUCACCUCAUCUGGAAGGGCUGCAAGAUUGAUUGCGAAGUAUAGGCCAACAAUGCCUGUUAUAUCAGUUGUUAUACCUCGACUGAAAACAAAUCAGCUCAAGUGGAGCUUUACUGGUGCUUUUGAGGUACUCCACUUCUCUGCUUCAUUUCUGGUUGCCCAUAACAUUUAACUUUCCACUUUCUUG